AUGGACGGGCAGCAUUCGGAAACGCAACACAGCCACACCACGGCUGACAGGACGUCCUCAGCCCUGUCCCCAAGCCCUAGAAUCUCCUCCUGCAUCUCGGAAUCCACAAAGGACCUGUCCUAUGGAAGGGACCCUCAGACCUCUGCCCACCAGGACAGACCAGCGCACCCCCCCACCAUCUUCCUGUGCAAGUCCGACAUCAGCCAGGCGGCCCUGGGGCCCCAGGCACACAAGAUGUUCUUGGAGAAAGCCUACAACGCAGCCAUCUGCUUCAAGAUGCUCCGAGACCUGAACGGCUCAGACCCCGUCCGCCUGAAGUACAUCGUCAAGAAGGUGCAGAGCAUGGCGUACAAAGCCCCCAACCUGGUGCUGGAGACCAUCCACGACUACUUUGCCGACAACCCUGAGAUCUCCGACCGGCACCGGUUCCGGCUGUUCCACAUUCUGGAGACCGUCAUCGGGGCCAGUGGCUCCCUGGAGGAGACCUGGGCGCACGCCUUCAUGAGACUGGCCCUGGAGAACAUGACCAAGUCCACGAGACCCCUCUCUCCCACAGAGGAGCUCUUCAACCAGGAGGAGAAGGUGUGCUGGGAGGAGUGGCUGACCAAGGUGGCCUUUAAGUCGGCCCAGUUCCUGAAGGUGGACGUGUGGUCCAAGGAGCUGCUGUGGGCCCUCACCAGGCCUGACCGGACCUUCCAGGAGCAGGCCCCCGAGAAGGCCUUCCUGUUCGUCUUCUACGGGCUCAUCCUUCAAGCUGAGGACGACAGCGCCAGGGUCAGGACGCACCUGGGCACCCUCCUGGGGACGUCCCACCAGUGGCCGAAGCAGCGGGAGGGCAUCGCCCUCACGGUGGGGCUGACGGCGGUCCGCCACCUGGACCACGUGUGGGCCGCCCUGGAGCAGUUCGGCCGCAGCUCGCCCAUCAAGUGCAGCCUGCACAGCUUCUCCCCAAAGACUUCGGAGGACCUGCGGUGGAAGUGGGCCAGCAGCACCAUCCUCCUGGCCUACGGGCAGAUGGCCGUCAAGGCCAAGGCCCACAUCCUGCCGUGGGUGGACAACAUCUUGUCUCGGAUGAUCUUCUUCUUCCGCUACAGCUCCUGGGACGAGACCCUGAAGCAGAGCUUCCUCACCGCCAUCCUCAUGCUGGUGCGCGCCGUCAGCCGCAACGGGGAGGCCCAGAGCUACCAGUUCUCCCAGAUCCCCGAGCUCUCCGAGUGUCUGAUGGUUUUGAUGGAGAAGGAACCCAAGGACUCGCUGUGCACGUCGACCCGCCAGCAAAUGAAAGAGAACUUAAUAAAUAUACUGUGCUCAAAACACAAAUUCAGCAGCCUCUGUCAGCUGAGGCCGCCCCUGAACCUGGAGAAGAAGUCGCGGCUCCUGACUGUCUGCCUGCGCAGCGUGCUGAACCUCUACAACCAGACCGCAGAGGCGCUGGACCAGAUGAUGCAGACCUUCAUCACACAGAACCCCACGGCCGAGGAGCUGCACUUCCUGCUGUCGCAUCUGUAUGUGUGGCUGGCGUCGGAGAAGGCGCACGAGCGGCAGCGGGCUGUGAAGAGCUGCAUGAGCCUCCUCAGAUUCCUGAGCAAUAACCUCUACCUGGACCCGAAAGAGGACUUCAAGCGGCUCGGGCAGCUGGUGGGCAUGCUGGGGAUUCUGUGCCAGGACCCCGACCAGGCCACCCAGCACUCCAGCCUGGAGGGCCUGGGCCACCUCCACCAACUCCUGGUGCACCAGAGAGGUGAGCUCCUGCCAGCCAGCACCCCAGUCCCCAAGAAGCUGGCCCCCGCCGGCCAGGACGAGGCCCUGCUCUGGAGCAGCGGAGACCAGAAGGCCGCACCCCCCGCGCCCCGGGCGGUGGCGUUCCCAAAGGACCAGCUCUUCCAGCUGAGCAGCCACCAAGUCACCAAGGAGGUCAUGAAGCUUCUCACGCAGGCAGAGCUGACCGACCUCAUCUGGACGGCCAUCGAAGGCCUGGGCUCCACCAGCCCCUUCCGCGUGCAGGCGGCCGCCCGCGUGCUGCUCACUGCCGUCCAGGAGCACGGGCCCAAGCUGGAGACUGUUGCCAGCCUGGGCCAGGCCAUCCACCUGCAGCUCUGCUCCGUCCGCAUCCCCCAAGCCAAGGAGGAUGCGCUGCAGGCCAUCACCCUGCUGGCCCGGAACCACACCCCCGAGCUGGUGGCCGCCUUCCUGGACUUCUCCGUCACCCUGGACAGGGCCAUGGUGCAGAGCCCCUGCAGGCAGAUCAAGGCCGUGGCCAGCCAACUGCUGCCCAGCCUGCAGAGCCGGGAGGAGCGGGCGAGGAAGGUGGCCAUCCUCAUCCUCAAUGAGUUCCUCUACAGCCCGGCCCUGCUGGAGGUGCUCCCCGAACCGGAUGCCCUGAUGGUGCUGGCCCAGAGCAUCAGGGACCCCAGCCCAGCGGUGCGGGUGCUGAGCCUGCAGGGGCUGGCGAACAUCCUCUUCCACCCCGAGAAGGUGAGGCCGGCGCUGGCACCAGGCGGAGGUUAUACCACCUGCUACCACACCCGGGCCCUGUCCCAGGUGGUGAGCGACGCGGACCUGAAGCUGCUGCUGUGCAGGGACACUGACAGGACCAGGGGACAGGGCCAGGCCUGGGUGUGGGGCAGGACAGGCCGGUCCUCCAGAGACAAGCGGAAGUCUGUGCGGGGCCCACAAAGAACAGCCCCUCCCGCCCGAGCCCGCACCACGGCCGCCAGGGUCCUGGGCUCCGGCCGCACAGUCUUCAGCGUGUCUCCGCUUGGAGCCCGUAAUUACCAAGGAGGGGGCUGGCGAUGA